GGCCCGAUUCCCCUUUGUUCGGGUUCGCCAUUUUGCGAGGCAGCGGCAGUGGCGGCGGCAGCGGCGGCUGGAGCCUCUGAUUGGGUUUCGGAGUCCGGUACUGGAGCCAAUCAGCGCGGGCAGCGAACCGGGGGAGCGAGGCACGCGUUUCUAAUAGGAGUGCAUCUUGCAUUCUUCUAGGGAUCUCUGGAGUGAAACUCACCGUGUACAGGAUUUGAACGUGGAGGGACCAUGGAGCAGUAUACAGCGAACAGCAAUAGUUCAACAGAGCAGAUCGUUGUACAGGCUGGACAGAUUCAGCAGCAGCAGCAGGGUGGUGUCACUGCUGUCCAGUUGCAGACUGAGGCCCAGGUGGCAUCCGCCUCAGGCCAGCAAGUCCAGACCCUGCAGGUAGUCCAGGGGCAGCCAUUAAUGGUACAGGUCAGCGGAGGCCAGUUAAUCACAUCGACUGGCCAACCCAUCAUGGUCCAGGCUGUCCCUGGUGGACAAGGUCAAACCAUCAUGCAAGUACCUGUAUCUGGGACACAGGGUUUGCAACAGAUACAGUUGGUCCCUCCAGGACAGAUCCAGAUCCAGGGUGGGCAGGCUGUGCAGGUGCAGGGCCAGCAGGGGCAGACCCAGCAGAUAAUCAUCCAGCAGCCCCAGACGGCGGUCACUGCUGGCCAGACACAGACGCAGCAGCAGAUUGCUGUGCAGGGGCAGCAAGUGGCACAGACCGCCGAAGGGCAGACCAUUGUCUACCAGCCCGUUAAUGCAGACGGUACCAUUCUCCAGCAAGUUACAGUCCCUGUUUCAGGCAUGAUCACCAUCCCAGCAGCCAGUUUGGCAGGAGCACAGAUUGUUCAGACAGGAGCCAACACCAACACCACCAGCAGUGGACAAGGGACUGUCACGGUGACACUGCCAGUGGCAGGCAACGUGGUCAACUCAGGAGGGAUGGUCAUGAUGGUGCCUGGUGCUGGAUCUGUGCCUGCCAUCCAAAGAAUCCCUCUACCUGGGGCAGAGAUGCUCGAAGAAGAGCCUCUCUAUGUGAAUGCCAAACAGUACCACCGCAUACUUAAGAGGAGACAAGCCCGGGCUAAACUAGAGGCAGAAGGGAAAAUUCCAAAGGAGAGAAGGAAAUACCUGCAUGAGUCUCGGCACCGUCAUGCCAUGGCACGAAAGCGUGGUGAAGGUGGACGAUUUUUCUCUCCAAAGGAAAAAGAUAGUCCUCAUAUGCAGGAUCCAAACCAAGCAGAUGAAGAAGCAAUGACACAGAUCAUUCGAGUGUCCUAACCCCAGACCACGUGAUGGAGCUGAUUAAGGUCAUGUUCCUCGCCACUGUUUCCCACUGUUCCAGGAAAUUGAUCAGUUCUUCCGAUGGGACACUGAUGAUCACAUUCUGCCCUUUUCUACAGGACAGAAAACCACUUAAUUUUUAAUAAGUGGCUCAGUAUUAUACUUGCAGCGGUGUCUGGCAGAUGAAGUUGGCAAGCCUUUGUCUCACCCUUUCAGUCGGGACCUAUUUUAGACUGUUGGUGACAUUGACAUUUCAUGGAUUAGGAUGAUACAAGGGACCUCUGCCAGCCCAGCAGUACCACACACAGCACUUAAGUUGACUGGUGAAGCCAGCCAGCCAUCUCAGCAGGGAAGAACAACCUUCUCAACCUAAACUGCAAUCAGGGAAGCUACAGCCCACUCCUUCCCGUGGAUUCUAAAAAUCAUCUAUCCCUCUGAUGAGGGAUCUCAGGCUGAUUGAAGUGAAUAAACACUUAGUAUUCAGAGAUGACUUCCAUCCAAGCAAGGAAGUUCCAUCUCAUGAUAUGGAAACAAUAAAUUCUCUGAGACACAUUCAAUCUAAUCUGUGGUAAUAAUAAGAAUCUCUGAUCAGAUGAUAGGUUGGUAUUUUUGGACUCCAGCCAAGAAAAAGCUAAUUCUGGGGAUAGGAUUUUAAAAGACUCAAACACUAAAUAUAUAAAUUGUUGAAUUGAUUUUAGCUUUGACAAGUUGUGGUCUGCUUGUCUGUCUUUUGAGGUCAUCUGUACCAUAGUUCUUACUAUGGCUACUCCUAAGACAAUUUAGAAGGUAUUGGACCUUGAAACUGCCUUUUAAGUAAAGAACAAAACAAUACAACAAAAAUACAACAGCUUCUGUGGUGAAGUGCUAAGGACAUUUUGUACUAACUCCUACUAAACAGAGCCAAACUAGAGAUUUUCAAUCAUAGGCUUGGUGACAGCAUUUGGGAAAAUGAGGGAUUUGUGUGUGUUUCAGUUUAGAAGAAGAGAGACAGUAGUAUAUAUACCCAUGUGUUGUCAUAUAGCAUGAUUCUCCAGUGGAUGGAUCAUUAAGAUGAAGAGAACAAUUUACAUUUACACUAACCUUUCACUAAGCACGGAAAAGGAGAAGUCUGAGAUUUGGUCCUUGACAAUUUCUGGAAAGCACUGUUCAAUCAAGCUGUCCUGGACACAACUCCAUGUUACCUGCCAGAGCUUGAGGUGCAUGUUGGCUUCACUCCUGCAGCGCUUUGUGCUGGCCACAGGGAGCUAACAUUCUCAUUCUUCCCAUGGCAGCUGACUUUGGUGCCAGUUUCCAUUUCUUUCCCCGUUUCUUCAUAGGCCUUGUGCAGAAAGGUUUUCACAUUGCACCCACAUUUUGCAAAUAACUGCAGACCAGAAAUAGAGGUGCCUGCAGUUUCAGACACUAGGUCACAGUUCCCAGAAUGAGUUGUGCCUCAGAAAUCUAUUUCCUUUCUAGAUGUUGAACCCUGGGAGAAAUAAGAUAUUUCAGAAGAGUUGCUGCCUUCUCUGGAAACAACGAAGGAAAACUUAAUUUUUUUGAAGAACAUUUGGGUUUGACUUAAAUACCAAGAGUAAAGAUUGGCUCUGGCUUUUUAGAAUUUUAUUAAGAAGGAAAAGAUAUUAAAUCCUCUAAAGAAAACAUCACAAAUGGAAAUCAUUGUAAUGGUAUAAAUAGAGGUACAGAACUAUGCAAAGGAAGCAGAAAGUGUGAAGUAUCUUCCUAGUUCCUGGAAUCUAGUCAUCUGUCCUAGCUUCCAGGUAUCGGGAGAGGCUGAUACUGCGUUUGGUAAGCUCACUAGAAUCUUACGGCUCUUUACAUGAGUUUCUGAUACGUGUUCAGUAAGCCCCAAGUUUUUCAGAUGAUAGAUUACUAAAAACCAUGAGGAAUUUAUAUCCCUUGGUUUGUUUAGGAAUCAUUAAGAUGCGCAGAGUUCAGAAAGAAAUUCCUGAGACCUAAUUUCUACUACUAAAGUCAGCAGUUCUAAAAUGCUAUUUAUUUGUGUCUAUAAGUUUGUACAUAGUAAUACCAACCUCAAAUCGUUGCAGAAUUUUUUAUGUUUUCAUGAAUUUAAGUCGUUUGAACUGAAAUGCUUCAGUUAUUUUGUCUUUGCAUUUCAGCUAACUCAUGACCUUUUUAUUGUGGUCAUUUUAGCACACCAUAAUAACCCACAAAGUGUGUGUGGGGGUUGAGAUUUGGAUUUUUUCUUUAUUUGUUAAACUAGAAGUUCUUUUAUUCAUUUGUCCUUGUGACUAGUGAUGAUUUCAUAGAUGCAGAGUGAAUGGAUGAGUGAAUAAUUGGUUUAAUGCAUAGUUAUUUCACUUGAGUGCUGUUUUUGCAGGAUAAUUGUAAAUGUAUAUCUUUUAAUUACACUGGUACCUUGAACAUGUCAGUGUCUGUACCACUGGACCAACAACAGUUUCUGGCUAUUGGGUGCCUGAUAAUAAUGUCUUGAUUUUCCUUUGGGACUCAACUAUAUAGAAGGUUCACCUCCCCCCCCCACCCCCACCCCCAGGAGUAGGGGGAGUACAGGUGAUUGAUUAUUGAUGUCAUUGCAAUUGUUAUUUUUUAAAAUAAAUUUAUAAAAACAAUAAAAAGUGAUUUGUAUUUUGAGGA